AUAUAUAUGGAGGGAGUGAAAAGUUAAAGCAGGUCACCUGUGACUCUGAUGAGAGAAAAAGGAAGAUGGGAUAGCAGCGUUUUUGGACAAAAAAGAGAGGAAACAUCACAAGCGUGGAUCGGACGGAGACGGAGUGUUUCUUGCACAUCCAAGUUGUCUCGUGGGAAUCUUUGGGAUGUGUGUGUUGUGUUUACUGUGAAGACCUGCUGACUCUGUAGCUUUUCUGUUCGUGAGUGUGUGCUGCUUUGAGGCUGAGUGCUGCCUUGUGUUUAUUGUGUGUAUUGUGUGUGUGAGAGUGUUAGUGAAGCAUGAGAGCAUCUGAGAGCAUCUGUGGUUGUGUGUGAAUGAGUUUUUUUUUCUAUUUUUUAAUGUGUAUGUAUGUGAUUUGAGUGUGUAUGAAAUAUGAGUGUGUAUAAGAGUUUAUAAGUGUGUGUGUAUGCGUGUAAGUCAUGUCCCCGGGACACUCUGUCUCUGAUGAUGGAGCAGUGUGAGGUCAGCGCAGCCGCAGCCGUCCAGCGCAGCCCCUCUCUGGACAGUGCGGAGCUGGAGUUCGCCCGGGCCGCCCACCGGGGUCACCGUUUGGCCGUGGGUGCCUUUUACGGCUCGCGAGGUUCAGGGACCCAAACUCAGCCAGUCAGUUCUCCAGCCCCCGAGGACGCGGUGCAGCCGGAGGGGAAACCAGGCACUCAGAGAAAAUCUCAGCGGGGAAAGUUUCUGGUGUUUUAUCUGGACCUGUCCUUUGUCUUCUUGCUAGAGCUGGAGAAGCUGAGGAUGGCGCGCGGGUGCCUGUGCUGCGUCAAAUACAUGAUGUUUCUCUUCAACCUGCUCUUCUGGUUGUCGGGCUGUGGUUUGCUGGGCGUGGGGAUCUGGCUGUCCGUGUCUCAGGGCAGUUUCGCCACCUUCUCGCCCUCCUUCCCCUCCCUCUCUGCUGCCAACCUGGUCAUCACCCUGGGCUCCAUCGUGAUGGUGACAGGAUUCCUGGGCUGCAUGGGGGCUAUAAAGGAGAACAAGUGCCUGUUGCUGAGCUUCUUCAUUGUGCUCUUGAUAAUUCUGCUGGCAGAGUUGAUUCUGCUCAUCUUGUUCUUUCUGUAUACAGACAAGGUGAGUGACAAUGCAAAGCGGGAUCUGAAGGAGGGUCUGCAGCUCUACAACACUGAAAACAACAUCGGCCUCCGCAACGCAUGGAACAUCAUACAGUCAGAGUGGCAGUGCUGUGGCGUGACUGGGCACACAGACUGGCACGAUGCCCUACCCGAUAAGACAGUGCCAGACCGAUGCUGUCAGGAGCAUUAUAGCGAGUGUGGGCGCAACACCAGUAAUGUGUUCUGGUCUCGGGGGUGCUAUGAGAAAGUUGUGGACUGGCUGGAUGAUAACAAGCACCUGUUGGGUACUAUUGCCAUGUGUGUGCUGGUCAUACAGCUCCUCGGCAUGGCGUUCUCCAUGACCCUGUACCAGCAGAUCCACAGAGCGGGGAAGAAGUACGAUGCCUAGAAGAGCUGCCUAAGAUCUUAUCCUGUUAAAAAAAGAAACUAAAAAAAGAAGAUCACACUACAGUACAACUCCCAGAGCUCCAUUAUAUGCCAUUUUAACUCCUGCUUCUUCUUUUUUGUUUUAGUUCCUGGAUGUUACUAAUUCUGAGGAACAUAGUCUCUAAAACCCUGUAACUGUCAUUUUUUAUAUACUACACAUAUUCCUGCUAAAGAAUCUGCUAAAGAGCUGAUCUAGGCAGCAGCAGCGGCAGCGGCAGCCUUUGAGGACUGUUGGGAGGAAGAAAACUAAACUAAACCUAAAAAUGAAAGGAAUUUUAGAGAAGCAAAGAUGGCUUUUGAUUCGCGGGAGGAUUCCAGCUGGCAUCGUGUUUUUUUUUUGUUUUUUUUCUUUUAUUAAAAUAUUCUCUUGAACUUUGAAGUGACGUAUCAGCCGAGGAGAUACGAGAGUUCCUAGAUGACGCAGACGUCUGUCUGCUUAAACAAGAAUUUACCAAACACUCAUGACAUUCUCACUUUUUUUUCCAUUUCUCUUUCUCUCUGUCUCUCACCCACACCCACAGAAUUUGCUUAUAUGUACAGUUUGGCACUUAUACACUUGACCUAUGUAUGCUAUAAACAUAAGAUGAAUAUACUGCUGUUUAUCAUAA